UGUACUCCUGAGAAAAACACUUUCUUUCGCGUUGGAAAAAAUGAACAAGAUGCUUGCCGUCCUUAUUGUCGUUAUGGUUUUGGCGAACUGCUCUGCCCUCCCAACCUUUGGAAUUGGUGGAUAUUACCCUGGUGGAACCGGAGCUGGCUUCGGAACUGGCCAAGCUGGUUAUGGUGGUGUAUCAGCCAGCGGAGUAGGCAUUUCUAGUGCUUACAAUGGUGGAUUUGGUGUUGGAUCGGGAUCAGGAUCUGCUUUCAGCGGUGGUCUCUUCGGUCCGCAAUACGCAACUGGCACUGGAAACGGCUUUUCUUUCGGAAAAUGAAUGAAAACUGAAGUGCCAUAAUUUUUGUUUACUAUGUAAAGUCAGGUGUCCCUUUGUUCAAUUCAUUUGUUUUUAUUUCGACAAUACAAAAAAAACAAAAAUUAA